AUGGCUUCUGGUAUAGUGAAACAAAAUUCGCAUGUGACUGCUGAGGAUCAAGAAAUGAUCAAUCGGUUUGCUCGACUUUAUCAAAAAUCGCUAGAUGUUAAAGAGAAACUUCAAGAGAUGAAUAGUGAUCUUCAAAAUUUAAAUGAUGCAACUGAUGAAAUGGUGCUUUUGGAAGAGGCAGGAACCAUACCAUUCCAGAUUGGAUCAGUGUUUAUGCAUACGGAUCACGAAAAAUUAUGCAAGACACUGGAAAAUAUGAGAAGUGAGUUGGAAAAUAAAGUGAUUGAUCUCACAGAAAAGUAUGAAAAAAUUUGCGACGAAAUGAACUCUUUGAAAUUGAUACUUUAUGGGAAGUUUGGCGAUAGUAUCAAUUUGGAGACUGAUAUGGAUAACCAAUAG